AUGGCAGGCAAUGAGCCAUUAUACAUGGGAUUCGAUCUCAGCACACAGCAACUCAAAGGUUUGUUCCGCCGUCAUACACGCUCGAGAUCUCAACAGCUGACGACUCCAGGCAUUGUUGUGGACUCGAAGCUGAAGCUGAUUCACGAAGCCAAAGUCGACUUCGAUAAGGACUUGGGGAAAUAUGGCAUCGAGAAAGGUGUUCUUACCAACCCCGCRGAAGGCGAAGUCUUCGCGCCGCCAUCCAUGUGGUUGGAUGCUGUAGACCUGGUUCUUGGUCGAUUGAAGGAUGCUGGACUCGAUUUUGGUCGAGUGAAGGGUGUUUCUGGUGCUGGCAUGCAGCACGGCACAGUGUUCYGGUCCAGGGACGCUGAGAAGCUACUUUCAAGCCUUGAUUCGAGCAAGCCUUUGGCCAGUCAGCUAGAUGGUGGGACCACAGGAAAGGGAGCUUUCGCUCACCCGAUGAGUCCCAACUGGCAAGAUGCAAGCACACAAAAGCAGUGUGACCUCUUCGACGUCGAGCUUGGAGAUCCGGAGACCUUGGCCAAAGUGACGGGCUCAAAGGCACAUCAUCGAUUCAGUGGCCCGCAAAUCCUUCGUUACAGGACCAAGUAUCCGUCCCACUAUGAGGAAACGGCGAGAAUAUCACUGGUCUCGUCAUUUCUCGCAUCCGUCCUCCUUGGUAAAAUUGCUCCCAUCGAUAUCAGUGAUGUCACGGGUAUGAACCUAUUCGACAUUGAGAAAGGAGAGUGGGAUGACACCCUGUUGGCUCUUGCCGCUGGUGGCGAUGCCGGCGGUUUGAAAAAGAAGCUCGGCGAGGUCUCGAAGGAUGGAGGAAAGUCAUUCGGCAACAUCAGCGAUUACUUUGUUGGACGAUAUGGCUUCUCUAAGGAGUGCGAGAUCCUUCCCUUCACAGGAGACAACCCUUCAACCAUUUUGGCUUUACCACUCCGCGCGGACGAUGCCAUGGUCUCGCUAGGCACAAGCACGACGUUCCUGAUGAGCACAAAGCAGUACAAGCCAGAUCCCGCGUACCAUUUUAUGAAUCACCCAACGACGCCAGGCCUAUUCAUGUUCAUGCUGUGCUACAAGAACGGAGGCCUCGCCAGGGAACAGAUCAGAGAUAAGCUAAAUGGCAACGACUCCGGUGACUGGGACAAGUUCAACGCCACUGCUGUCUCUACAUCGCCACUUUCACAAGAAACGAACAAUUCCAUGCGCCUUGGAUUGUAUUUCCCGCGGCCUGAGAUCGUUCCAAACCUCCAUGCAGGCCAGUGGCGAUACGAUUACGACCCACAGUCAGGAGACUUGAGGUCAGCGUCCACGGAUUUCGCUGAGUCGGAUGCACGCAAUAUCAUCGAGAGCCAGUUCCUUUCCUUGCGACUACGCUCACAUAACCUCGUCAAGCCGGAGAAAGAUGUCAAAACUGGCGAGGUCCUACCAGCACAACCAAGACGAGUCUACCUCGUAGGUGGCGGGUCUGCGAACCCGGCGAUCGCCAAAAUUGCUGGUGAGGUACUAGGUUCUGUCGAGGGAGUGUACAAGCUUGAUAUCGGUGGUAAUGCUUGUGCACUAGGAGCCGCGUACAAGGCGGUCUGGGGCUGUGAGCGAAAGUCUGGUCAGACGUUCGAGGAUUUAAUCGGCAGUCGCUGGGAUGAGGCUAGCUUCGUCAAGAAGGUGGCUGACGGGUACACUAAGGGUGUAUUCGAGAAGUACGGAGAGGCUGUACAAGGCUUCGAGAAGAUGGAGAAGCUGGUCCUUAAACAGGAAGGAGAGCUGAAGGAACAAGUGGGAGGGGGUUUGAUGUAUGCGCCUGAUGAGUAG